GCCAGGGGCCACAUCCCAUGCUCCAGGCCUGGGCCCUCAAAAGGGCUCAGCAUGUGUAGGUGCUCUGGUUAGUAUAGCUCACAAAUAGACAGUGGCCAACCCUGUGGCCAGGUAGGGACCGGAAGCUGGGGCUGUGGGGGUCCAGGCCCCUUCCUGCCAUGUCAUCCUGGAAGACUUCCUGGAGGAGGUGUCGUAGCUGAGACUCGAGGACAUUGUCAGGUCCAGGGACCAGCAUGGCUGAGGCCAGAGGGGCCGGCUGGCUCAGGCAGGGUGAGCUGGGCAGCAGACAUGGGGAACGUGUGGGCCUGGCACGGGAGGCAGCCAGGGUUAAUCAUUUCCAGGCGGCCUUGACCCCCACCUGCCCUGGCCACUCUGCUCCCGCCUCCUGCUGCUCCUCACGCCAGCCCAGGAGGAGCCAUGGGGCGCUGGGCCUGGGUCCCCAGCCCCUGCCCCCCACUUGGGCUGUCCCUGCUCCUGCUGCUGCUGCUGCUGGUGCCUCGAGGGGCUCAGCCCCAGGCUGGCAGGAACCCAACGGAACCCCCAGAAUGUAACGCCACAGUGACCCCUGGGACUCCCGCGACCCCCGUGACCCCCAGGACCCCCGCGAUCCCCGUAACCUCGGUGACCCCCAGGACCCCAGCCACAGCGACAGCACCCAGGGCAGAGGGACCCCAUGGUGGAGGGCUUACCCACCUGCCCAGGGCAGCCCCCUCCAAUAGCAGCCCUGGGGGCACAGUGCUCACCGAGGCCGGGCAGCCCUGCAGGUUUCCCUUCCGCUACGGCGGCCGCAUGGUCCACUCCUGCACUACAGAGGGAAGCGCCCACAGGAAGUGGUGUGCCACGACUCACAACUAUGACCGGGACAGGGCCUGGGGCUACUGUGUGCAGGCUUCCACCCCCCGGGAGGGCCCAGCUGCCCUGGACCCAUGUGCCUCUGGCCCCUGCCUCAACGGGGGCUCAUGCUCCAGCACCCAGGACCCCGAGUCGUACCACUGCACCUGCCCCGUGGCCUUCACUGGCAAGGACUGCGGCACGGGGAAAUGCUUUGACGAGAGCCGCUACGAGUACCUGGAGGUGGGCGAUCGCUGGGCCCGCGUGCACCGGGGCCAAGUGGAACAGUGCGAGUGUGCGGGGGGCCAGGUCCGGUGCCAGGGCACCCGCCACACAGCUUGUCUGAGCAGCCCCUGCUUGAAUGGGGGCACCUGUCACCUGAUCGUGGCCACCGGGACCACUGUAUGCGCCUGCCCCCCAGACCACGCCGGGCGGCUCUGCAACAUUGUGCCGGCCCAGUCCUGCUUUGUGGGGAGUGGCACCGAGUACCGAGGCGUGGCCAGCACGGCGGCCUCGGGCCUCAGCUGCCUGGCCUGGAACUCCGACCUGCUCUACCAGGAGCUGCACGUGGACUCUGUGGGCGCCGCGGCCCUCCUCGGCCUGGGGCCCCACGCCUACUGCCGGAACCCGGACAAGGACGAGAAGCCCUGGUGCUACGUGGUGAAGGACAGCGCGCUCUCCUGGGAGUACUGCCGCCUGGCAGCCUGCGGAUCCCUUGCCAGAAUCCAGCCCCCGCCCACCGAGGCCCUGCUGAGCCUGCCUGGGCCCGCGGCAGCUGGACCAGCCGGACGCCAGACCUGUGGCAAGAGGCACAAGAAGAGGAGCUUCCUACGGCCACGCAUCAUCGGUGGCUCGUCCUCGCUGCCCGGCUCCCACCCCUGGCUGGCCGCCAUCUACAUCGGGAACAGCUUCUGUGCCGGGAGCCUUGUCCAUACCUGCUGGGUGGUGUCUGCCGCCCACUGCUUCUCCAACAGCCCCCCCAGGGAAAGUGUCUCUGUGGUGCUCGGCCAACACUUCUUCAACCGCACGACGGCCGUGACGCAGACGUUCGGCAUAGAGAAGUACAUCCCGUACCCCCUGUACUCGGUGUUCAACCCCAGUGACCAUGACCUCGUUCUGAUCCGGCUGGAGAAGAAGGGGGAGCGCUGUGCUGUCCGCUCCCAGUUCGUCCAGCCCAUCUGCCUGCCUGAGCCCGGCAGCACCUUCCCGGCUGGGCACAAGUGCCAGAUAGCGGGCUGGGGCCACCAGGAUGAGAAUGUGAGUGGUUACUCCAGCUUGCUGCGGGAGGCCCUGGUCCCCCUGGUCGCCGACCACAAAUGCAGCAGCCCGGAGGUGUACGGGGCCGACGUCAGCCCCAACAUGCUCUGCGCCGGCUACUUCGACUGCAGGUCUGACGCCUGCCAGGGGGACUCAGGUGGGCCCCUGGCCUGUGAGAAGAACGGCGUGGCCUACCUGUACGGCAUCAUCAGCUGGGGUGACGGCUGCGGGCAGUUCAACAAGCCCGGUGUCUACACCCGCGUGACCCGUUACGUGGACUGGAUCAGCGACCGGAUUCGGCCCCCCAAGCGGCCCGUGAAUCCCUCCUGAGACCACCCCUGGGGACAUCGUGCCUCCUGCCGUUCCCUCCUCACUGGCAAUAAACAUGCUUCCAAAAAGA